AGCUACCGUCAGAUCCGCCGCUACCGAAAGGUGCUUUACCUAUUUCGCAAAAGCAUAUAUAUUUCCUUUAUUCUUUUUCGAAUUCCCAGCUUUUCACCUCAUCAAAACAAGUAACCUAUCGAAUCCAUUCUAUUCUUUUCAAGCCACUCCCUUGAACACCUCUUUUAUAACCGAUACAAGACAAAGGCAAGAUGUCCACAGAGCCGAAAACGCCGACAGUGCCGAUGCUGUUCAAGCCCUAUUCCAUCGGGCAACUGCAGCUGCGCAACCGCAUCGUCAUUCCACCCAUGUGCAUGUACAGUGCCGUGGACGGAAAGAUGGGUGCCUUUCACCACAUGCACGUGGGCAGCAUGGCUACCUCCGGUGCAGGCCUCUUCAUUAUCGAGGCCACCGCCGUGCGUCCCGAAGGUCGUAUCUCCUCUGGCUGCUGCGGCAUCUGGGAUGACGAAACGGCCGCUGCGAUGAAGGCGGUGCUGGACGAAGUGCGUACGUACUCGCAGACCCCUAUCGCUCUUCAGCUCGCCCACGCAGGCCGCAAGGCGUCGGACCGUCGUCCAUUCGACACCCUCGAGGGCCAGGUCAAACCAGGCGAGACGGACAGCUGGGGCCAGCAAGGGUGGCAAGUGGUCGCGCCGUCCGCCAUCCCGUUCAACCCCGCGGACCACCCUCCCCUGUCGCUGUCGGUGGAGGAGAUCGCGAAUGUCGUGCAGGCCUUUGCCGACGCCGCGGUGCGCGCGGAUAAGAUCGGGAUCGACGGCAUCGAGCUGCACUUCGCUCACGGUUACCUGGCCUGCGAGUUCCUGUCCCCUCUGUCGAACAAGCGCACGGACGCGUACGGCGGCAGCCUGGAGAACCGCAUGCGCAUGCCGCUGGAGGUGUUCCGAGCGGUGCGCGCGGUGGUCCCGAAGAAGAAGCCGGUGUGGGCGCGCAUCUCCGCGACGGAGUGGAUGGACGCGAAGGGUGGCUGGACCCUCGACGACUCGAUCGUCUUCUGCAAGAAGCUGAAGGAGCUCGGCUGCGACGCCAUCCACGUGUCCAGCGGUGGCAACUCCAUCGAGCAGAAGAUCGAGGUGCGCGUGGGCUACCAGCUGCCGUUCGCCAAGGCCAUCAAGGAGGCGGUCGGCAUCAACGUGAUCGGUGUGGGCAUGCUGACGGAGCCCGGCGAGGCGGAGGCUGCACUGGUCGGUGGCGCGGCGGACUCCAUCGCCAUCGGCCGCCAAAUGUUGUUCAACCCGCACUGGCCGUACGAGGCAGCCCACAAGCUGCGCGCGAUGGUGGAUGCACCGCCGCCGUACUGGCGCUCGGAGCCGAACCCGAAGCUGAACAUUUUCAUGACUCGUCGCAUCCCCGACAAGUAA